CUGACCACUGACCACUCAAAACCCAGUGUGUGUAAACUGGUCUCUGCAUCCCAACUGAGGAAACGGAUCAUCUGACUGAAGGCUCUCUCUUUCUUUCUCUCUCUCUUUCCUAUAGGCUGCAGGCAUGUUCUGGAAGUUCAACCUGAACAACUCCUCUCAGGUGGAGAAGCUUUUGGAGAAGGAGGAUCUGACUCUGCAGGAGUUGCUGGAUGAAGAGGAUGUGCUGCAGGAGUGCAAAGCCCAGAACCAGCGCCUGCUACUCUUCCUCACGCAGGACAGCAGCAUCCUGGAGCUGGUCAACCUCAUCACGCACGAGCCCCCUGCUGACCGGGAGGAGAAACUGCGCUAUAAGUAUGCCAAUGUAGCUUGUGAGUUGUUGACGUGCGAUGUGUCCCUCAUCAAUGAUAAAGUGGGUGGAGACGAGUCUCUGCUGAACACACUGUACAGCUUCCUGGAGCAGAAGCCGCCGCUGAACCCCCUGCUAGCCUCCUUCUUCAGCAAGGCCAUCGGAAACCUCAUUACCCACAAGGCAGAGCAGGUGAUCGGUUUCCUAAAGGAUAAGGAGGACUUUUUAGGGCAGGUGUUGAAACACUUGGACACGUCGGCUAUGAUGGAUCUGGUGCUGCGUCUCAUUAGCAGUGUGGAACCUGUCUGCUUCAGGCACGAAGUGCUUACUUGGCUGAAUGAAGAGCGGCUGAUCCAGAGACUGAUUGCGCUGAUUGGUCCUUACACUGACAGUGAGUGGCAGUCGAAUGCGUCUCAGGCUCUGUGUGAUAUCAUUCGUCUAAGCAGAGAUCAGGCCAGUCUGAUGCAGGACACCACAGAGAGCGACCCUCUGCUCACAACACUGGAGCUACAGGAGAAUGUUGAGGCUCUGCUGAAGAACAUGCUAGAAGGGGAAAAGAGUGAAAUGAGCAUCGUCUGUGGAACACAAGUCUUACUCACAUUGUUGGAAACACGGAGACCAGGUGUUGAGCAGGUGAUUGACCCGUGCUCUCAGGGAUUGGAAAAGUCUUACACUGUAAACAACAGCAUUUUAAUGGGCAUCCAGCCACAUCUAAAGCACUUUCACCACCUUCUGUUAAACCCACCCAAGAAAUGUGCGAUGUUGACCACAAUGGGCAUUUUGGAGGAGCCGUUUGGGAAUGCGCGACUGCAUACGUCCAGACUGUUGGCGGCUCUACUUUACACCCGAGCUCCCAGAAUCCACCAUGAGCUCUGCCGACUCAACAUCAUCAACCUGCUGCUGGAUUUGUUUUUUAAGUUCUCCUGGAAUAACUUCCUGCACGUCCAGGUGGAACAUUGUGUCUCUGCCAUCCUUAACCCGACAACACAGAAUGGAAAAACACACGACAGUCCAGAUCAGUUUCAGCUGGAAACAAAAAACUCUGACGCACAAAACUCUGACAAAUCUGACAUGUUCACACGCGCUGACCUGAUCAAGCAUCUACUGAAGGACUGCAGGCUGGUUCAGAGGAUUUUGGAUGCUUGGGAUGAAAAUGACAAGACACAGGAAGCAGGAGGCAUGAGAAAAGGGUUUAUGGGUCAUCUGACCAGAAUGGCCAACACUGUGGUGCAGAACGCAGAGCGAGAGCAGGAACAGACCCACAUCACACAGCUCAUACAAGAGCUACCAGAGGGCUAUAAAUCUCGCUGGGAGCAGUUUGUGAAUGAAACUCUAACAGAAACUAACAAGAAAAACACUGCAGACAUGGUGUUCUCGGAUUAUCAGAUCCAGCAGAUGACCGCAAACUUUGUUGAUCAAUUUGGACUGAAUGACGAUGAGUUCAGAGAGCAUGAUGGGAGUAUCAGUGCCACGUUUGAUCGAAUCACAGAGAUCAACUUUAACUUGGUGGAUGAAGGAGCGAGCUCCGCAGUGUUUGAGACUCGUACGAAGGAGAGAAUCCGUCCAUUCGAUGAAGCCGAGGAGGAGGAAGAUAUUUGGGAGGAUAAAGAAAUCAACUAUGCAACACAAGUGAAGGCCAGAAGCAGGUUUGGCCUGGUGACGAACCCUCAGAAGAGCGAGGCGGACGGUGGCUCUCGUAAGCGUCUGGGCUCUCCUGACAUGGAGUGGUUUCCAGAGAUCAAGCCCAAUCCAGACCAGAGCAAGAUCCAGGAAGCGAAGCAGCCGAGUGAUCCGCAGAGUCCCGGCUGGAUCGCGAGUUUUGAGGAUGACUUCAGCUGUCGGGAUCUGGCCAGUAUAGCGAUGGACACGGGCUCCAGUGUGUGGGGCGGCUCUGGCUCCGGCUCUGACUCUCAGCUCAGUCAGAGUGAGGACAAAGGCUGGGCCACUUUUGGAGACUUCCAACCCUUCUGCUGUUCAGAUGCAGGACCCAGAUGUAGUUCACCUGUCAACCCAGAAAAUCCCAACAAACAGAGCGAGACUGAAGAACUGAAGGGCUCGACGGCUUGUGUGUGGAGUGUGUGUGGAGCGAGGAAAGCUCCUCUAGUAGCGUCUGACAGCAGCUCCAGUGGAUCAGACAGCGAGGAAGAGGAGGAAAAAUCCAGCAUCAUCACUGAGAGCAGCGUCAAACUCAAAACGGACGCAAAACACGAGAAAGCAGUCUACAGCAGCAAGAAUAACAGUCUACAUAUAGUGCCUUCAGCGGAGGUCAAACCCUACCUGAAAGAUCAUUUCCUGUCCAAACACAUCACUGACAUCGACCUCCUGACUCUCUCAGUCCUGCCACAUGGCCUCGACCAGCAGGAGUGGAUCGCAACAAACACUGUGUCGUUUUUCCAGCACACUACACUCUUCUUCAGUGCUCUGUCUGAAUAUUGCUCAACGACAGUGUGUCCAGCAACCAAAAGCCCAGCAAACACUUUGUAUGAAUGGACGGAUGAACAUGGGAAGAAAACGAAGUGUUCAGCUCCGGUCUACAUCGACUACGCCUUGUCUUACAUCCAGGAGUUACUCACAGAUGAGCGCGUGUUCCCCACCAAAAUUGGUUCAUCAUUUCCUCCAGGGUUCAUGUUCCUGAUUCAGAAGGUGUUUGUGAUGCUCUUUCGGACACUGGCUCACCUGUUCAGCGUCCACUACCAGGACGCCAUCGCAGUAGAGCUCCAUCCGCACCUCAACACACUCUUCACACACUUCAUCACCUUCAGCCACAUGUUCAAACUGCUGGAGCCCUCGGAGACAGCCCCGAUUGAUGACCUCAUCGCCAUACUCACACACUGACCAAUGAAUACACAAACACACGGACAGUGAACAUGAGCUCUUCGCAAUUCAUAAACUCAAAAUCUUCAUGGACAAGGUGGAAAAAGCAAGAGAAGACCACAAAACUGCAGUGAUUAGAUUUCUUUUUGAUGUUUUGACUCAAUAGAACUACAAUGUGUCAAUCAUCUACAGGCUAAGCUCUGAUUGGACAGCGCAUCUGGCUCCACCUACUGUGAAAGAUAUUUCAGUGUCAACUGUGAACGUAGGUGAUUUUCUUUUGGCAUUUGGCCCCACAAAGUCUUUCAACGAGAUGCAAUUCUGGGAAAUCCACACUGCGAGCUUUCAACUCGGCUUUGCAAAUUAAGGCCACAUUCCCUUUUGAUGUGUUUGUUGGACAGAAUGAUUGAAAAAAAGAAGAAGAAACCAAAACCUCCAAAAACCUUUAAGUGCCAUCUGAAAUUUUCUUCUAAAAUUAGCAUUUCUUUCUACUCAGUCUGCUAUGUUAAGGUCCAGUAAUUUAACUUUUAUGUCAAAGAACAGGUUAUUUACAUUGCCUUUAAUGUGAAAUAACUGCACAUAGACAUAGGAGGCUGAGAAAAAUGGAAGAAAAUUAAUAUUAUUAUUAUGUAUAUUAUUUUAGUGGACAUGGGCUGUUAUAAGAUGCUAACGGUAUGAUAACCUUGGAUCAAAAUAUCACAGAUUCACGGUAUUGUGAUUACUGCUCUGAAAUAUAUUCAUUUUAAAUAUCUGGGUAAAAAACAAGAACUUUUUUCCACUUUGAACACAAUGGCUGCAUCUGAAAUUGCAUAUCUCAAUACUAUAUAGUACGCUAAAAACAGUAUGCGAGGUUAGUAUGUCCGAAUUCAUAAUAUUUUUUUUCAUAGUAUUUAAAAAAAAAAGUAUGCGAGAAAUAUGCGAGGAAGACCUGCUACAGGGGAUUUCAUACUCAGUCCUGGAGGGACAGUGUCCUGGAGAGUUUAGCUCCAACCCUAAUCAAACACACCUGAACCAGCUAAUCAAGCUCAUACUACAUAUACUAGAAACUUUCUGGCAGGUGUGAAGCAAGUUGGAACUAAACUCAGUAAACAUGUCAGGCUGAAUAAUUCAAAUGAAUCUUUGACUUCUGCUGUCUUCAUUAGUUUCAAAAACACAGAUUUCUUUACUAUUUAAAGCGGUAUUUCUGGAUCUCUUUUCUGCUGGACAUACUGUUGUCCUAGAAAAAAAAAAAAACGAUCUUACAUGUACCGUAGGAAUGGAAUAACAGAAAAUUUUGGUGGUUUUAAAACCUUGACUUCUACAAAACGCAGUAUACCCUGAAAGCGGUUAUCGUCCCAUGUCUAUAUUUUAGAAGACAUUUUCAGAUAGCACUUCUUUUGGCAACUAAUAUGUUUAUUGAGACAACAGCUUUCUGAAGGAUUCACUACCACCCACAAGUGUACAUGUUUGUAAUAAAAAUGUUUUUUAAAGAAAUUACUUUUUUUUAAAAACAAGAUUUUUAUGAAGAAACAACAGCACAGACAUUACAAUGUAACAAAAUAAAUAAAAAAUUAUGCUGUACUUUAAACUUUCUAUACAAAAGAGCCCUACAAAAUGAUCACUAUUUAUUUACACGUUAGUAUUAAACUAAAUGUUUAAGUUUUUUUUUUGUAAAUCAGCGAAUGACUAUCACUCCUAAAGGACCCUAUUCAGAAAUGGGGUAUAUGCACAUGGACUUUUAAUUUCAGUCAGCCAGCCUCAGGGCUUCUGGUUAAUUGUCGUCCCAUACAAAAUCGCUGCGUUUAAAGAUCUGAUUUCUUUAAAAAAAAAAAAAAAACAGCGAUCAUCACUUCCUGGCUAAGAUCUGAUAUAAAGUGGGCAUCAGACCAAACAAGAAGCACUGCAUUACAUUAUAUUUUUUGCGCCAUGUCUUUAAAAUAUGGAAAUUAUUUUUACCCCAGUAUUUUUAAUAGAAUUUCUGAGCUAGCCUGCUACUAUUGACGGCACCUGCGUUUAAAUGCAGUCUUUCAUCUCAUUCUACGCUUGAACAACUAAAAAGCUCAAGUCUAUUUAACUGAAUGUAUUGUUAUUAAAUUACAACAUUAAUGCUGUAAAAGGAACCAUAUGAAAUUGAAAAUAGUCUCAUUAAACUUUCACCGGAAGUUUAUCAUUGGCUGAAAAACACUAGCUGUGCAUAUAGCAUUGUAAUGUCUGUUUAGAUUUUAAAAACUUCUUCAAAAAGCAGCAUAUUAAUUGCUGUCAUGUGAUGCAAUCCCAAUAAAUGAGACUAUUGUAUUUUGUA